UGAAAGUUUUGUUAACUGCAGGGAGUGGUGGCCAGAUUGAUGAAAAAAAUAUCUAUUCCAUCAGCCCAAGACUGAAAGCAUUCUCUGAUUGGCUUCUCCAAGUGAUGAUAUCAGGCAAUUUGGAAGUUAUUUUUCCAGCUGCUUCUCGGGAAUACGCACCUUUUGUUGAGGAGUUGUGGAAGGAUAGAGCUUUUCAAGCCACAGUCAAUCGGAAGAAUGAACUACGUAUGCUACCCAGGGUCGCUACUUAUUUCUUAGAUCGGGCUGUUGAGAUUUCAAGGACAGACUAUGAGCCCUCUGAUACGGAUAUCUUGUAUGCGGAGGGUAUCACUCCAUCCAAUGGCCUGGCUUCGAUGGAGUUUUCAUUUCCAAAGCCAACACAGAAUAGCUUCAUGGACCCUGCUGAUCAGAAUGAUCCAUUGCAGAGGUUAGUAUUCAAUUUUCGUGUAUUGACCUUCUUGUAUGCUUACUAUAUAUUUAAUACAUAUAUAUAUAAACCAUAAAUUCUCUAGAUUCUGGACUAGGUAUUAGUAAAAUUUCAUCAUCGCUGUUCCUGAACAACUUCAUUUGUGAUCAGAAAUGGAAAAUUCUGGUUGUUAACUUAUUUCUGGUAGUUAAUGGCAAAUUGGUGGAAAUCUGAAAUCCAAAUUAAUUUCAACCAAACCACAUUACUGACCGCAGU